AUGUUUGGAAAUCCGAGGGGCUUCUCCUACUCCCCGGGAGGCUUCUCGCCAGAAGACUUUCCCCAGCACCGACGUGCCUUCCAGCAGGACGAGCCCAGGCGGUCGCCGUCGCCGUCCCCGCUGCAGAGGAAUGGCAUGUUCAGGCCCGGCGGAAGAUCCAUAUACAAGCAGAGGCAGGAGUACUCCGAGACGCUGACCGGACCGUCGGACAACUUUGUCGUCCGAGUGGAGCACCUGUUCACCACUGAUCUGGACGGACGGGAGAUGAGGACGCUGGACGACUGCGUGGCCAAGCUGAAGCACCUGGACGCCAAAGGUCGCGUGUGGCCUCAGGACAUGCUGAUGGACGUCCAGGGAGGAUACCUGCUGCUCAGCGACAUCGAGACCAAGGACGAGCUGGAGGCUCUGCCCCUGAGCGCCAUCGUCCAGACCAAAGCGGUGCUGGACAGCUGUGCCUACAACUCCCUGCUGACGGUCAGCUUGCGGCAGCGCGGCAGAGUGCAGGUCUACCUGUUCCAGUGUGAGGAGACCGGGGCAGAAAUGGUGAAGAGUGAUCUGGAUAAGCUGAUUAGGAAGGGAAGGGGUCAGGCUGAGCCUCGCAGAGAACAGAACGACAUCCGGAACAAUCUCAACAACAUCAUCCAUCAGCGUCGCCCCCUAUCUCCCAUGCAGCCGGAGAGGAUCCAGACUCCGGAGAGGAUCCAGACUCCGGAGAGGUUUCAGACUCCGGAGAGGUUUCAGACUCCGGAGAGGUUUCAGACUCCGGAGAGGAUCCAGACUCCGGAGGAACCGUGGAGAAGCAGGGAGCCAGAGUAUGCGACUGUUCAACGAAGCUACACUCCUCAGGAAGAACCGGCGGCGUAUCCCGAGCGACGCAGCAGCCCCGAGCCGGUGGCUGCUCCCGAGGGCCUGGAGGUGGACCGGAACACGGAAAUUUUAAACCACGUCUUAGACGACUUAGAGAUCUUCAUGAACAAAGUGGCGGCCGCUGCUCAAGAGAACAGCGGCAAGAAGAAGAAACGGAGGAAGAAAGCAAUGAAAAACGGUCUGCCGCCCUGGGAGGAAUAUGUCCUUUUUCUCCAGAAAGUCAAAUAUGGAUUUAACCUGCUGGGUCAGCUGGACGGCUUGCUGUCCAACCCCAGCGCCGUCGACUACGUCCACAUCUUCUUCAGCAGUUUGGGACAGACGGUCUUUCAGUACGACACUCGGUACCCACCCAAUGUGGUGUCGCCCCUGCUGACCGACUCGGCCGUGGAGCUGCUGGAGCAGGUCGUGACCCCGGACGAGGACCAGCUGUGGAAGAGUCUGGGAAACAGCUGGUUCAUUCCCCGGUCCAGGUGGCCCGAGGGUAACGUGGAACCGUACGUCCCGCAGUUCUACAGCGGCUGGCAGCCGCCCGCCCCCAUUUACGCCCCCCCGCCUCAGCAAGACAGCCUGCCGAGACGCGGCAACGCCUCCCCAUACGAACCACCCGGCGAGGGCCAGAUGAUGGGGAGGACGCCGAGGCAGCAGGACGAGCCUGAUCACAACAGUUCAUGGAAUUCACCACAAGACGAGCCGCCCCUCUACAUGCGUGCCAUAUACGACUUCACGGCGAGGAACAGCCGUGAGCUGAGCAUCCUGACGGGAGAGGAGGUGAAGGUGAUCCAGAAAAGCACUCGCUGGUGGCUGGUCCAGAACUCCCGCGGACAGGAAGGCAACGUUCCCCAGAACGUCCUGGAGCCCAUCAGAGGGGGCGGUGGCGGUGGUGGCGGCGGCGGCGGCGGCUCUCCGCAGAGUGUCCCGAGGGACGCUCGCGGCGGCAUGACCCUGGACAUGAACUCCACUCCUGCAGAUGUCAAAGCCUGGCUCCGACAUAAAGGCUUCUCCAGCAUCACCGUGUCCAGCCUGGGCGUCCUGAACGGGAAACUCCUUCUAGGGAUGAGCAAGAAUGAAAUCAAGACCGUGUGUCCCGAGGAGGGAGGAAAAGUCUUCUUCCAGCUUCAGGCUGUUAAAUCAUCCAUUGCACUGGCCAGCGAACAGUCAGGCAUGUACAACGGCGGCUACUGAACUCCGUCCUUCAGCUGUGGAUCAACAUCUGAAACUGCCAUCGAUUUUGUCGUAUCUGUUAUUAUGAUCCAUUUCACUACAGCUGCUGAUUGUUUCAGGAAAAACAUGAUUUCGUUGUGUAAUUUGUGAACAUCACAUGUCAGUCACUCCAGUUUUCCUCUUGAAGUUAAUAUAUUGUUGCUUAUUUCAAGCCAGUUUUUGUGCCUGAUUCAACACAAAUAUCCCAAAUUAUCAUUAAAUACAAAAAUAUAAUUAUAUUUUGUGCUCCAUUAAAUUAAGUUCUUUCUUUCUUCUGACACAUUUCUCUUUGAUUUUGUGUAAAUAAAGAAGGUAUCAUGUACUUUUCCAAGGGUCAUUCAGUAGCCCUCUGUCAGUUCAACUUUAUUUAUAUUGCACGAAGUGCAGCACAGUUAUUUCCACAUUUAUUUAAAUCUUAUUUUUUGUGACUAACCAGAAACAAAAAAAAUGCUUAUGCAGUCUCAGUAGUGUUGAAAUCACUAAUGUUACCUUUAAACUGGAUCAUCUACUGGACACAGGGGGAACUGCAGGUUAUUUACCACUUAACCAGUUAAUGAUUUAUUGAUCAGAAUCUGUGAGGCAUAAACAUGUAAUCAAUUGUUGUUAAAGGGCAGAUAAUGGCUGGAUUUUGUACAUUUUCCAGGAAGUUGUCAAAUAAAUUGA